UUUCUUCUCGCGACAAACGACCUCUCAGAGGCAUGAUCCUGGAUUUAGGGGACGACUACAACCGCCAGACGAUACCGACAAGCCUGUGUAAGGAGAAACGUACCUAGAGAGAGAAAGUAAAAGUAGAGAGAAGGGAGAGAAAGCAGAAUACCUGAACUUGCAGAGAAGAAUGACGAAAGCGAAAGGGAGGAGCCUAUUUAUAGCAAAAACAAGGGCACAUCCUCCGAAGCGCAAUCAUUAGGUCUACAGAAACCUAAAUGGGCCUCAAAGGCCGCCUAAAUACCCAAAGGCUUACUCGCCACGGUUCGGUUUCUCGUUCAAACCGAUCUCUAAUCGAGAUGCCAGACUGAAAUUAAUCCCCGAUUUCGGUCUAAACUGGUUUUCUAACGUAAACCGAUGAGAUAAGCUUGAGCUCUUAUAUCGGGGUAAUUCGCCUACCGAGUAAAACGUGCCUCCGUAACAAAAACCUCGGCGAGCAAAGCAGAUCAUGAAGAAGUACUACUCUAAGCGACUAGAAACGUUAAUAAAACGGCGUGCGACUAAACACACUAGGACCUGAUAUACGAACGAACCUGACCCACAAAUUCACUGAGACCGCUACGCCGCUCACAAGUGAACUGGGGGGGGACUUAUUGUAGGAGAUGGAUUACAUCCCUCCACAAGGCCCAUCGAAUAACAGGCCCUAGCCCGGCAAGCUUGACCAGUUUAGUCGGUUUAAGCGGCUAAAGAUGUCGGCUCGACCCCAGAGUACUUUUAGCCGAUCAGCUAAGCCUACUAAAUAUGCUCGGCUUAUAGAGAACAGUACCAAGGCCCGCAUACUCGGCCUUUAACGACAGGGCCCAAAGGACGACACGAUUAGGGCAUCACGGACGAGGACACUAUAAGAGGAGAUGAGGAGACAACGAAAGGAGGACUUUUGGACAACACACACAGAAGCGGCUAGAUCUAGGGUUUCCUAAUCAUCUCUUUGAUCCUGUUGCUUAAACCUUUGAUCUUGUCUCCUUAUUUCCCGUCAAUCUUGUAACCUCUUGUUUGAUUCUAAUAAAAGCGUCUUUAGUCACCCCUUUCCUACGUUCAUCAUUCUAAUCAACCGCACAAACAGACACCUUGUCUUCGAAACCUUCUGGUGAGGUGGCUAGGAUGGGUCCUCCACCUGGUAUAGUGGAGAGAGCCACUCAACCCACAGUCGGUUUAGAGAAGAUGCUUGAGACUCAUGGAGAAGGAGGUCGGAAUCUUGGGUCUUUACGGUAUGGGUGGAAUAGGUAAAACCACCCUUCUCAAACAAAUCAACCAGAAGUUACUUGAAAAAAAAGAUGAAUUUGCGGUGGUGAUAUUUGUAUUGGUGUCUAAAAAUCUACAAGUUGAAAAGAUCCAAAAUGAUAUCGGUGAAAGACUAGGCAUCUGUGACGAGGCCUGGAAGAAAAAAACUCAAAAAGAGAAAACUUCUCAUAUAUAUGGUGUUCUUGGAAAGAGAAGAUUCGUUAUGUUAUUAGAUGACAUAUGGAGGAAAGUGGAUUUAGAAGAAGAGAUUGGGAUUCCAUUACCCUCACCAGAAAAUGGAAGCAAGGUCGUCUUUACCACUCGCUCGAAAAAAGUUUGUGGGCGUAUGGGAUCUCAUGACUUGGAAGUCAAGCAUCUAGACCCGGAGCAUGCUUGGGAACUAUUCCGUCAGAAAGUGAGAGGUACGACAAUAGAAAAUGAUCCAGAGAUCCUCCAGCUAGCAAAAAAAAUAUGUGAGAAAUGUAAAGGCUUACCCCUAGCACUCAACGUUAUUGGGGAAACAAUGGCAUGCAAAACGUCAGUACGCGAGUGGCAGUAUACGAUUGAUGUUCUAAAUACAAAUGCGACCAGCUAUCCAGAAGUUAAAGACGAGAUUCUUAAAGUUUUGAAGCUUAGCUAUGAUGAUCUCGGGGACGAGACAGUACAGCAAUGUUUCAAGUACUGUGCUUUAUUUCCAGAAGAUGAUGAGAUUGCUAAAACCAUGUUGGUCGAGUACUGGAUAUCCGAAGGGGUCAUAGAUGGAGGUGGAGAUAGAGAAAGAGCAAUCAACCAAGGUUAUAGGAUAAUUGGUAUCCUCAUUAGUGCAUGUCUAUUGAUGCCUGUUGAAACUUUAGAGUUUUUAACAAUACAUGAUGUACUUCGCCAAAUGGCUCUUUGGGUUGCAUCUAAUUUUGGGGAAGAGGAAGAGAAAUUUAUCGUCAAGACAGGUGCUGGACUGCAUCAGAUGCCUGAGGUUAGGGACUGGAAAUCGGUGAGAAGAAUGUCACUGGCAAAAAAUGAUAUUCAGAGAAAGUGUUACAAAAAAUUAUGGGGCCAUCACCGGAAUUGGAAGAAAUUAUAAGCAGAGAAAAGGUUUCUGGUAUACUAAAGGAGGGAUCGAGUAUUGUACCCUUUCGAAAACUACAUACGAUUCACUUAAUUUCUUUGGUGGAACUGAAGACUAUCUACUGGGAACGGUUGAAAUUGCUAUGUCUAAAGAGCAUGCUUAUAAAAAAUUGUCCAAAGCUGAAGAGGCUUCCAUUUAACAAGGAGAGGUUAGAAGGAAAUGACAUUAACCUAGUAGUUGCAGACAAUGGAGAAUGGUUGGGAGGACUUGAGUGGGAAGAUGAAGCUACUGAAGACUAGGUGGAUCCAUCCGUAUCAGGUAAAAAACAAAAAGCAUAUAACAUGUUUUUCAGUGUUUAUCUUACAUCAACCGUCACUUCACAUCUGCUUUAAUUAAUAUUCUCUGGUCGCUCUCAUAUAAGACAUGCAACUCCACAGCUCACAGCUUCCGAGACAAUCCAUUUCUUGAGUUGCAACUAUUUGUCUUCAGCUUCUGUAAUUGUAUCGUAUUUUCUUGCCUCAUGUUAUGAUUGUUUUGAAUUUGGUGUUAAGAAACUUUUAUGCGCCUUGUGUGUUUUUUAUUUAUUUUACUUUUGUGAGGUUUUAUAGACGCAAGUGUGAGUGAUACCUCAAAAUGCUAUGUACCAAAAAUAAAUAAACUUGUUGUGUGAUGUACCGAUUUUGCGUGGUGAGUAUAAAUUUGGUAUAAAGUUAUUUGUACACUUUGGUAUAAAAAUCUUAAUUGUACACUUAAAAAGGAGGAUUUUGACCGUUUUGAUUACAAUUACGCUUGCGACACAACACACAAUGAUUUGGUUUUCAAUAUUACACCCACUGACCCACACAAGCAAAAGUUUCGAAGAGCUUUUCAUUUUCAUAUGCACAAAGAGAGAUGAAGAACAUUAAUCAACACAGUUCCCAUUGUCCAGCUCCCAGAUC